GGUCUCUUCCAAUUCCAAACGCAAAACAAGAUCCCCUCAUUUAAGAUAUUGAUUUUCUCGUAAAAUCCAUUUGUAUUUAAGAGCCUUUAAUGAUCCUUCAACAUCAAAAACGUCUAUUUAUUUAGUCCUGACAACAACAAAAAAAGCGAUAUCUUUGAUGCUCUGAGUUUCGAAGAUUUCUGUUUCUCCGUUGUCGGUUUAAUGGAGAACGUGGCUAUGGACGUCGAAGCUCAGAUCGAGAACAAGAAUGGCGGAAACGAUUCCUUUUCGAUUUUCGAAAACGUUAAUCUUCCCGUCACUCUGAAGUUUGACAAUGUUGUGUACAAGAUCAAACCCAAGAAACCGAGAGGUUGGUUUCAAAUCGAGACCAAAGCUCAGGAGGAGAAAACCAUCUUGAAAGGGUUAACCGGAGUCGUGAAACCGGGCGAGAUGCUGGCAAUGCUCGGACCGUCCGGUAGCGGAAAAACCACUCUACUCACCGCUCUUGGAGGCCGUCUAAGUAUCGGAAAGCUAACUGGAGAGAUAACGUACAAUGACAAGCCGUUCUCCAAAGGCGUAAAGCGAAGCACAGGCUUUGUCACGCAGGAUGAUGUGCUGUAUCCCGCUCUUCUCAGGCUGCCCAAUUCUAUGACAAGACAGGAGAAGGUCAAACAGGCCGAGGCUGUCGUGACGCAGCUUGGUCUGGCCAGGUGUAAGAACAGUAUCAUUGGAGGGAUGUUCUUGAGAGGUAUAUCGGGUGGUGAGAGGAAGAGGGUUAGUAUAGGACAAGAGAUUCUGAUAAACCCUAGUUUGCUUUUCCUCGAUGAGCCGACAUCUGGGCUUGAUUCAACUACGGCUCAGAGGAUCGUGUCGGUGCUGUGGGAAUUGGCUCAAGGAGGGAGAACGGUCGUGAUGACGAUACAUCAGCCUUCUAGUAGGUUGUUCUACAUGUUUGAUAAGAUUUUGCUUCUGUCCGAAGGCAAUCCUUUGUAUUAUGGUCGUGGAUCUAACGUUAUGGAUUACUUUGCGAGCGUUGGAUACUCUCCUUCAUUGGCCAUGAAUCCUUCGGAUUUUCUGUUGGACAUUGCGAACGGUGUGGCGUCCGAUGAAUCCAUGAAACAAGAUGACAUUAAAGAGGCUUUGGUUGGAGCCUACAAGACGAAUCUCGUGGACAAUUUGCAGGCGGAGAUCCGAGAACAUGGCGAUCAGGUCAACUCAUCUGACUCUCGUGACAGAAACAAGAAUGUCGGGGAUUGGCCGACGACGUGGUGGCAACAGUUUUGUGUUCUGUUGGAGAGAGGCCUCAAAGAGAGACGGCACGAUUCUUUCUCCGGACUCAAGGUCGGUCAGAUCCUUGUCGUGGCUUUUCUUUGUGGUCUCCUCUGGUGGAAAUCCGACAUCUCUCACUUGCAAGAUCAGAUAGGGCUUUUGUUCUUCGCCUCCAGCUUCUGGGGGUUCUUCCCUCUCUUCCAAGCAAUCUUCACAUUUCCUCAAGAACGGAGAAUGCUCGAGAAAGAACGUUCCUCGGGAAUGUACAAGCUCUCCUCUUAUUUCAUGUCACGAGUGGUCGUCGAUCUCCCCAUGGAGCUAGUCCUCCCCACCAUUUUCGUCGUCAUAACGUAUUGGAUGGCCGGUCUAAACCCUAAUCCCCGAAACUUCUUCCUUACCCUUUUCGGCCUCCUCUUCAACGUCCUCGUCUCGGGUGGACUAGGGUUAGCCCUUGGUGCAGUAGUCAUGGACCUGAAAUCGGCUACAACGCUCGGAUCAGUCAUCAUGCUCGCGUUCUUGUUGGCAGGCGGAUACUACGUUCAGCACGUUCCGCCGUUCGUAUCGUGGAUUAAGUAUAUCUCUAUCGGUAACUACGCGUACAAGCUCCUGGUUUUGGCUCAGUACAAGGCGGAUGAUACGUAUCCAUGCGGAGCAGAUGGGAGAUCGGUGUGUUAUGUGGGAGACUUUGGAGCUAUAAAGAACAUAGGGCUUGAUGGUGAAGCCAUGUCGGUGUUAGCUUUGUUUUUGAUGCUUGUGGGUUACCGCCUUAUUGCUUACGUUGCCUUGAUGAGGGUUGGAAAGGCCAAGCAGCGGUGAUCUCUCUCUCUCUCUCUCUCUCUCUCUCUCUCUCUCUCUCUCUCCCGAGUGUUGUCCCUUUUUCUAGUGUCGGACAAGUUAAUGUUCUCGCAAAUAAUUGGUCAUGUAAGGUUCACCCUUUCUAAGGGUUGAAACUUUAUUGAUUUUGGUAUCCGUUGAUGAUAGGGUUACAUCAAAAAAAGGGUUUUGUUGCUCUACUUUGAUUUGCCAGUCGAGCAGGAGUGA